AUGUCUAAGCUAAAUUCUCAAACUAAAAACAUAUUUAAUCAAAUUACUGCUAAGGAUGCAAUUGGAUCAUUAAUUUAUAACUAUUUAUUAUUUAAUUUGGAUAAACAAAUUGAAAGUACUACUGGUUCUGAAGAUACCAAUAAUCCUAGAGAUACUGAUGAUCCUGAAAAUAUUAAUGAUUCUGAAGACACUAAUGAUUUUAAAAACACUACUGAUUCUAAAGAUUCUGGUAUUGUUAUUAGGCCAAUUACUUCUGGCACUAGUUUUCCUUCAUGA